AUGGUUGGAGCGGCAGCCGAGAUCACGCGCGACCGUCCUGGCAAUGGUGGAUUCCGCCUUUGGGUCUACUCGGAUCUCGAAACUGCUGAGCGCGAGGCCAUUGGACUUGCACAAGGCAUGGAGGUGAAGCACACUACCUACAACACGGGCUUCGCUGGAGCCAAGGUUGUUUGCGAUGCUUCUGGAGCGAACAACUCUGUACUCAACGUGAACAAGAACGAACUGAUGAAGGCGACCGCAGCUCUCCUGCACGAGCUGAACGGAACCAUGUACACUGGAUGCGAUUUGAACACAACCACGGGCGAUAUGGACAACCUCUCUCAGGAUUGCCCAUACGUGCUUGCCGCCAUCGCCAAUGAGGCGGUGAACCCCAAUGAUGCCACUGCCUACGGAGUUCUUGGUGCUGUCGAGAGUGUCCUCGAGCACUUUCAUGGCAAGACCGUUGUGGUUCAUGGCUGCGGAUCUGUUGGUGGCACAGUGGCUCGAGAGCUUGUUCGAGCUGGAGCCCGUGUGUACACCAUCGAUGCGGACGUUGCCAAGGCUGAUAUCUUUGGCGCCACCAACAUCUCCAAGGGAACACCCAACUACGUUGAGGAGUUCUGGAAGAUGGAGAUCGACGCUCUCGUCCCAUGCUCAAUUUCUGGUCUUAUCUCUAUGGAGAUGGCGAAGACCCUGGGAUGCAAGGCCAUUGUCGGAGCUACCAAUCUCCCCUUCAAGUCCAUCGAAGUUCAGCAGUUCGUGGAGGACUCUGGCAUCACCUUCGUCCCUGAGGGCGUCUCCUCUGCUGGCGCUGUUAUCGUCGACUCCAUCGAGCACUUUGACCUGAAGGCGUUCAAGGAGGCUCAGCCGAUCGACAUCUAUGAGUUUUGCCGACAUGUCGUUCUUGAGAAGACCACCGAGCUCUUGCUGACUGCUCGCCUCCGUGAGAUUGUCACUUCCAAGGCAACCAAGUUCAUCAGCGAGGAGUAUGGUGCCUCUGAGGAACACAAUUACUCGCAGAUGCCCAUCGGGCGAACUUUCAGAUUCUGGGCACAAGGACGUGGCUCAGUCAUCAACCCUGGCGCAGCUGGAACCCGAAAAGCUCUGAGCCGUGAUGCUCCUUAG